AUGGGAUCACACGGGUCUGAAACCGGCGCCGGGUCGCCUACCUGCUCUCUGGAAGAGUUCAGGAACACCUCCUUUGACUAUAUCAUCUGUGGGGGUGGUACGGCUGGCUGCACCAUCGCCGCUCGACUGAGUGAGAACCCAAAUGUGACUGUGGGCGUGGUGGAGGCUGGAAAGUAUCGCAUCGGAGAUCCCUUGGUGGACACACCGGCUGCGUUCUUCCAAAUGUUUGAAGAUCCAGAGUAUGACUGGUGUUUGUAUAGUGCGCCACAGGAGCACAAUCGAGGACGGAUUCAUCACAUUCCUCGGGGUAAGAUGGUUGGCGGCUCCAGUGGCAUCAACUAUAUGAUGUACGUUCGAGGGUCGACGCAAGACUACGAUGACUGGGCGGAGUUGGCAGAUGACGAUGGCUGGCGUGCCGAAGUCAUGCAGGGAUACAUGCGCAAGCAUCAGACCCUUGAGCCCUACGACGAAGCAAUCACCGACCGGUCCACGAUGCCACUCGUUGGAGAAUUCCACGGCACAACUGGACCAGUCCGAACGAGCUUCAACGACACGGUCCUUCCCAUUGAGAACGAGAUCAUCAAAGCAUGUGACGAGUCAGUCGGCAUCACCAAGAAGCCCACUGAUCCCUGGAGUGGGGAUCACAUUGGAUUCUACCACACACUCGGCUCGAUCGUCCGCACGGGUCCCAACAAGGGAAAGCGAAGCUAUGCAGGUCGUGGAUACUACGAGGCUAACAAAGAAAGGCCCAAUCUCAAGGUGCUCUGUUCGACCUUGGUCAACAAGAUUCUUCUCACCGGCAAUAAGGCUACCGGCGUGAGCAUCUCCCACCAAGGACAAGACUAUGAGGUCGGCGUGAAGCGCGAGGUGAUCGUCUGCGGCGGUGCUCUCAAAUCCCCCCAGAUCCUCGAACUUUCUGGCAUCGGUGAUCCUGAAGUCCUGGCAAAAGCAGGUGUCGAAUGCAAAGUUGCAAACCCAGCCGUUGGUGCCAAUCUCCAGGAUCAUUCCAUGACUUUCACUGUCUUUACCACACACGCUGGCACGAUCACACUCGACACACUUCACCAGGUCCCAGACGCCAUGCAGCACGCGCUGAAGCAGUACGCCGAAACUUCUGGCGGGCCACUCAGCUGCACGUCAACCAUGCAGGGCUUUUUCCCGGCAAAGUCGGUCAUGUCCGAGGCUGAGCUUGAGGCGGCGAUUCAAAGUAUCCGCGAUGUCAAGCCUACGAGUGAUUUUCACAAGCGACAGCUCAAGCAAAUCAUCUCUCAUCUUCAGAGUGACACGUCUGCCAAUAUUCAGAUGGUCCUGGUGCCAGCAACUGCCAAUCCCAAGGGAAUCGAGCACCAGAAGAUCAUCUUUCCUCCUGCCUCGCCUGAAAACCCUGCCGGCGUGACCUUUGCAAUUUGUUUGCAGUAUCCUGUAGCUCGGGGCUAUGUCCACAUCAACAGUCCAGACCCCAUCAAGCCCCCUAUUAUUCAGCCCAACUAUGGCGGUCACGACGCAGACAUCACCGUCCUGGGAGCCGGUCUCCGCUGGGCCGAUAAAGUGCGACAGUCGUCAUACCUCAAGUCCUCCAUUGCAGGUCGCUCAAUCCCAGCCCCAAACGUUGACCUCACUGACCUGUCCGCGGCAAAAGAGGCCGUGCAUGAUAAUGUAUUGAGCGAGUACCACGUCUGUGGUUCUGUGGCACUGGGCGACGCCCUAGAUUCUCAUCUUCGUGUCAAAGGCGUCGAGGGACUUCGGGUUGCCGACGCCUCGGUCUUCCCGAACAAUGUGAGCGGGAACAUUGUGAGUAGCGUGUACGCGGUUGCAGAGAAAGCGGCGGACUUGAUCAAAGCAGAUUGGGAUCGGGUGGCUGCCAAGCAGACGGUCGUGUAA